AUGGUAAUGCAUUUUUAUUUGCAGGUGGUGCGUUACCUUCAGCCGCUCCCAUUUUGUGGAUCGGGUUAUCACCGCAUAGCUUUCGUCUUGUUUCGUCAUGAAAAGCCGCUGGAAUCGUUGCCAUUGUUCUACAGUGAUACGUUGGCUGGCCGAGUUUUCUCGAUGUCUAAUCUAUACAAGCAAAAUGAGGAUUUAAUCACACCAUCAUGCGUAACAUUUUUCCAGACUACUUAUGACAUAUGUGUGAAGGAGCAGUUACACAAAAUGGGUCUCAAGUCGCCAAUUUAUGAAUAUCAGUAUAACGAAGCCUUGAAGCCUGAACAGAAGGAGUUCCCUAAAAAGCCGCAACCGUUUGACUUAUACUUGGAUAUGUACCGAGAUCCUAAAGAAGUGGAAAAAGAGUUACUAGAGGAAAGGUUACGGCGUGCUCAACUCGACGAUUACCAGGCGCCAAAAUGGCUGGAUCCGAAUUAUAACGAGAACAAGAAGGAGCUGCCCGCUUGGCAACACCGCAGAAUUUUAGCUAGAGAGGGACGGUAUCGUGCACUCUAUAAUAAUGCAUUGAAGUCGUGA